UGGACAGGACUUACGGUGUGGCUAGGGGCGGAGCGGCAACCCGGGGCCCAGUUGGGGCGGCGAUGGCGGCGGCAGCUGUGGUGUCGGCGACGGUCCCCGCGCUGACGAUGGGCGCGGACGGCGCGUCCUCGGUGCACUGGUUCCGCAAAGGGUUGCGGCUCCACGACAACCCCGCGCUGCUGGCGGCCGUGCGCGGUGCGCGGUGCGUGCGCUGCGUCUACAUCCUCGACCCGUGGUUCGCGGCCUCCUCGUCAGUGGGCAUCAACCGAUGGAGGUUCCUAUUGCAGUCUCUGGAAGAUCUGGACACAAGUUUAAGAAAGCUAAACUCUCGUCUGUUUGUAGUCCGGGGACAGCCAGCUGAUGUGUUCCCAAGGCUUUUCAAGGAAUGGGGGGUGACCCGCCUGACCUUUGAAUAUGACUCUGAACCCUUUGGAAAAGAACGGGAUGCAGCCAUUAUGAAGAUGGCCAAGGAGGCUGGUGUGGAGGUCGUGACUGAGAACUCUCAUACCCUCUAUGAUCUGGACAGAAUCAUCGAACUGAAUGGGCAGAAACCACCCCUUACCUACAAGCGCUUUCAGGCCAUCAUCAGCCGCAUGGAGUUGCCCAAGAAGCCAGUGAGCGCUGUGACCAGCCAGCAGAUGGAGAACUGCAGGGCUGAGAUCCAGGAGAACCAUGAUGACACCUAUGGCGUACCUUCCCUAGAGGAACUGGGUUUCCCCACGGAAGGACUUGGCCCAGCUGUCUGGCAAGGAGGAGAGACAGAAGCUCUGGCCCGCCUGGAUAAGCACUUGGAACGGAAGGCCUGGGUUGCCAACUAUGAGAGACCUCGGAUGAAUGCCAAUUCCUUGCUGGCCAGCCCCACAGGCCUCAGCCCCUACCUACGCUUUGGAUGCCUCUCCUGCCGCCUCUUCUACUACCGCCUGUGGGACUUGUAUAAGAAGGUGAAGAGGAACAGCACACCCCCCCUCUCCUUGUUUGGACAACUCCUGUGGCGAGAGUUCUUCUACACAGCGGCCACCAACAACCCCAGGUUUGACCGAAUGGAGGGGAACCCCAUCUGCAUCCAGAUCCCUUGGGAUCGCAACCCUGAAGCCCUGGCCAAGUGGGCCGAGGGCAAGACAGGCUUCCCUUGGAUUGACGCCAUCAUGACCCAACUGAGGCAGGAGGGCUGGAUCCACCACCUGGCCCGGCACGCUGUAGCCUGCUUCCUCACCCGCGGGGACCUCUGGGUCAGCUGGGAGAGCGGGGUCCGGGUAUUUGAUGAGCUGCUUCUGGAUGCAGAUUUCAGCGUGAAUGCUGGCAGCUGGAUGUGGCUGUCCUGCAGUGCUUUCUUCCAACAGUUCUUCCACUGCUACUGCCCUGUGGGCUUCGGCCGCCGCACAGACCCCAGUGGGGACUACAUUCGGCGAUACUUGCCCAAAUUGAAAGGGUUCCCUUCUCGCUACAUAUAUGAGCCCUGGAAUGCCCCUGAGUCAGUUCAGAAGGCUGCCAAGUGCAUCAUUGGUGUGGACUACCCACGGCCCAUCGUCAACCAUGCUGAGACUAGUCGGCUCAACAUUGAACGCAUGAAGCAGAUCUACCAGCAGCUAUCACGAUACCGGGGACUCUGCCUUCUGGCAUCUGUCCCUUCCUGUGUGGAAGACCUCAGUCACCCUGUGGCAGAGCCUAGUUCUAGCCAGGCUGGGAGCAUCAGCAACACGGGCCCCAGACCACUGUCCAGUGGCCCAGCCUCCCCAAAACGCAAGCUGGAAGCAGCUGAGGAGCCCCCUGGUGAAGAAUUGAGCAAGAGGGCCAGGGUGACAGAGAUGCCUGUCCAAGAGCCACAAAGCAAGGACGCCUGAGACUGGAGAGCCAUCGCUCCGUGACACAGCCUGGGUGCCUGAGCUGCCACAGCCUACAGAGAAACCAGUCACCAACAGAACGAACAGUGUGUGUGUGUGUGCAGAGGAAGGCGUGGUGUGCCGUUUGCGUGUGCAUGCAUUUGUUUACAUUCUCAUGAUCCUGAAUGUCACCUGGAUUGGAGGGGUCUCUAGAUCAUCCCUGUCACUGGGGCUGCUUCCUCACCUCAAGACACAGGGCUAGAAGCCACAGCAGUGACUUUCAGCCCAAAUCUGUUCCUGGGAGCUUCCUCCCUUGUCCCAGUAGGUGGUGGUAGUAGGACCCUAGCUGGAAUUCGAAUUCUGGUCUCUGCCUCCCCAGGCUCCUCUUGCUCUCUCCUCUCUUCAGACAGCUGGAAGGUCAAAUUUUCUGACUUUCACCUAAAGUGUGGGGUUACACAGGCAGCCAGAGUCCUGCUGGCUUAGUUCCCAUGUUCUGUCAUUAGAACCUAAGCAGGAUGUAACCUUCUGUCCAGACUUUUAAAAUCCCAUGCCACUGGCAGGCUCUUCCCUUGGAUGUGUAAGACUUCAGACUAGUGUGUUGUAUGCUUAGUCCUGCCUAUGUCAGCCUCAAACCACAUAUCUGUCUUUGUAGGACCUUCUAGAAGCCUAGUGAGGACUGGACUCUGUCCAGGUCUUCUGUCCCUUCCCUAGCAGCUCAGGCCCAGCCUCAGCCUCCCAGGAGCUGUAGAUAGGCCAGGGUCAGAGCUGGUGGAGGAAACUAGAUUCCAUGGCUUGAGGGCCCUGGCUCCUCUGGCCAUACUCCCUGGCCACAUGCUCCAGUAAGUACUGCUGGUUUGAGAGGAUCAAAGGCUGGGUCUGCAUCCAGUGUUUAUUUCACAGCACCUUUACUGGCAAGCUGGCCAGUCUGUGUCUGAAGGCUUCCAGGGCCCACUCUGGAGUGGUCAGCACCCACACUGCAUGGCAGCUCUUCAGGACCAGGCUUCAAGGGACUCGGAGAGACUGAGGGGUGGGGAACUGCCUGGGGAAGUUGGUGAAAGGUCAAAUAGAGAUCACACCUGGCACAUCAUGCACUUCCCAGAAAAGCAGUGGAAGGUUUGGUCCAGAGAAGCCAAGCCUUGCUUCCCAGGGGAGCCACCUCUCCUUCCCACAUUUGGGUCAUGUGGAGAAAGAAGUUAUGAAAAGGAUUGUGGGUAACUGAGCAAGUCUUCCUUCUACCCCCCUGUGGCCUGCACUUGAGCCACAGUGUAUUCAUGUAGUGUGUGUGUGUGUGUGUGUGUGUGUGUGUGUAUGCACAUGUGUAUGUAUGUGUGUUCCUGUGUGGAUUUUUGUUCUCACAUGUAACAUUAAGCUGGCCUCUGGGCCUUUUCCUCUACCUCCCCUGUGACCUUUCCUAGCCUCAGAGUUGUCAAUGCCCUUGGCCCUGGCCUUCACUGUAUCAGACCAGAACCCUGGGGCCAGGCUCCCCUCAACUCCAGCUGUCCAGAACAUCUGACAGGCUUCUUUUUGAGAUGGCCUCAGGUUUUCUCAGCAAAGAGCUACCUUUAGUCCAACUGUUUAUGUCCAUCAUUCUGAGUAGAAACAUCCUAUGAUCAUGUGGAGAAACGGGACACUCUGCUCCCCAGCCCCAGGCCAAGAGGAAAGAGCCAAAGGAUCAUGCUGGAGGGAAGGUAGAAUAAGCCUGGAGAGCUGGUAUGAGAUGAUCAAAGGCCAGGUCUGCAUCCAGUGUUUAUUUCACAGCACCUUCAGCUACAGGCACAGUGCCCUUCUUUUUGAUGAUGGCUCUCUUCCCAAGGUACAAGUUGGCACGAUCACUUGCCCCUCCUCCUCCUUGACAUGCUGGCCCAUUUUCAGGGCAGCUUUCCAAUGAAUGAAACAGUCCACCCACCCCCAGAGCGAUGAGAUGGAAUGGCUGGGAGCCCUGGAGUGGCUUCGUGCCUCCUUUUGCCUAGCCUGAGUGACUUUGAGGGCUGUCACAAUCCUGCUGUUGGGACCUAGCAUGGGGAAGAGAUGGUCGCAGGCAAGAAGCACUUUAUAGAGUCCCCAUUGCUGGGAAGGUUGUGUUUCUCCCACAGUUUGUUUGUGAAUAUUUCCCUGUUUUAUAAAUGUCUGCCUUGUCUGAGUAAAA